AUGAGGCAGGGGUGGGCUGGCCUCCAGCUCUGCUCUGGGAGCCUGAGCGCCGAGGUGGAGAGCAAUCCAAGAGGGCUUCCUGAAGGUGGAGGCGCAGCAGCAGCAGGAGGGCUUAGACUGAGCAGUGAGAGAGCAGGAUGGAGGCAGACGGGGGCCGUGGAAAGGGGGAGCACAGUGGGGGUGGGAAACCCACUGGCCUGGCCCUGGCUGUCCCUUCCAGGGGGGAAGCGCGAUGAGGAGCUGAUCCUGCCCAUCAACUCCUCCCUGAGCGUCACGCUGCAUCUGGACCAGCUGAGAACCACCACGACGGCCGCCAUCAGCAAGGACUUCGCUGAGGACCGGAUCUGGCUGAACGGCCGGGAAGAGGCGGUGGGGCAGCCGCGCCUGCAGGCCUGCCUGAGGGAGAUCCGCCGCCUGGCCCAGGAGAGGAGCAGCGCUCAGGAUGGAGCCCCGCCUUCCGCCAGCCUCAGCUACAAGGUGCACGUGGCCUCGGUGAACAACUUCCCCACAGCCGCGGGCCUGGCCUCCUCCGCGGCGGGCUACGCCUGCCUAGCCUACACCCUGGCCCAGGUCUACGGGGUCGAGGGGGACCUCUCAGAAGUGGCCCGCCGGGGCUCGGGCAGCGCCUGCCGCAGCCUGCACGGGGGCUUCGUGGUGUGGCACAUGGGGGAGCGCGCCGACGGGAAGGACAGCGUCGCCCGGCAGGUGGCCCCUGAGACGCACUGGCCGGAACUCCGAGUCCUCAUCCUUGUGGUGAGCGCAGAGAAGAAGCUGACCAGCAGCACGGCCGGCAUGCAGACCAGCGUGGAGACCAGCCCCCUGCUCCGGUUCCGGGCCGAGAGUGUGGUGCCAGCGAGCCUGGCCGAGAUGACUCGCUGCAUCCGGGAGCGGGACUUCGCAGGCUUCGCCCGGCUGACCAUGCGGGACAGCAACCAGUUCCACGCCACCUGCCUGGACACUUUCCCGCCCAUCUCCUACCUCAGCGACACCUCCCGGCGCAUCAUCCACCUGGUGCACCGCUUCAACGCCCACCACGGGCUCACCAAGGUGGCGUACACAUUUGACGCGGGCCCCAACGCCGUGAUCUUCACCCUGGACGACACUGUGGCUGAAUUCGUGGCUGCCGUGAGGCACAGCUUCCCGCCCGAGUCGAACGGAGACAAGUUCCUACAGGGGCUGCCGGUGAGGCCGGCCCCUCUCUCGGACGAGCUGAAAGCUGCGCUGGACACAGAGCCCACCCCCGGCGGCAUCAAGUACAUCAUCGCCACUCGGGUGGGGCCGGGGCCUCAAGUCCUGGACGACCCCCAUGUUCACCUCCUGGGCCCCGACGGCCUGCCGAAGCCGGCUGCCUGACCGCCACGGGAGCAGGGCGCCUCACUGGCACUGGGCACCGGCGUGGCGGCCAGGGUUGAGCUCCGGGCAGCGGGCACAAUGCCGUGGACGGUGGCGUGAGACCUGCAGCCGUCCAGACGUCAGCAGUGGGGCCCCCGAGUGCGUCCACUGUCCGCCCGCACGUGCUGCUCUGCCGAGAUGGGACUGGGGUCUGGCACGAGAGCGGCGGCGCGUCCCUGACCCUGGACCCCGGCCCACUCCAGGGCACCAACACAGGAGCUCAGCGGGAGUCGCGUCCCCGGGGGGGCCUGGUCUCUGUGGGGACUGCACUGGCUGCCUCAGGAAACCCCCAAGUGCUUCAAGGGGGCAGCCAUGGUGGCUCUGCCAGACCUCGAACUCCGCCCAGGGUGUGGCUGGACGCUUCUUCAGGGCGGGAAGGCGGCUCCCCCGGCAGGGCUGGGGCCGGCGCGGAUCUGGGGGCCUUGGGAGCUGCGGCCUGUUGACCACAGGA